CUAUAUAAACCCCGAGUGUGUGUGAGAGGAGACACACGGGACAGAGAGACUGCAAGAAGAAAGAGAUCUCCUCUUUGUUUUGCAGAUCUUCCUUUGCUCGGACACUUCCAGACAACUUCUCUUCGCUCGAGCCAAACGCCCAACGAACUACCUCGCAGAAAUGAACGCAGCAGCAGCAGCUCCCGGAGGCACCAAGGCCAUUCCUCCAAAGUUCAAGCAGAAGGAGGCCCGCCAGUUCAAGAGCAAGGCCCCCAAAGCCGGACAGAAGGGAUUCGACGAUGUUCCCGGGAUGGAAGGCCUUGGAGGCGCCGAGGUUAUCUGCCCCUGGGAGGCGUUUGGCGACAUGGAGCUGAGUAAUCUGGCCCAGUUUGGCAUCGUCUAGACCUCGUGCCGAAUGGAGAAUUCAUUCCUGGUGGCUGCAAUCCAGCUGCUUUUUAAAAAAAAAUUGUUUUGCUCUCCUCGUGAGUUCAGCGGUGUGGAGAUGAGGGUUUCAUUUCCCAGCUACGUACGAACCGAGGAAGAAGCUCUUGGACAGCAGCCCCCAAAGAAUGACUCUUUUUCCUGGUCCGGUCACCGUCUGGAAGUUUUAGCAUCUCUGAGCCUCGUAUCUCGUCUUUGGUUACAUCUUUAAAUUAGAUCUCAGGACGUGUCUGUUGCGGUCUCCUCGUCCAGUGUAGCCCAGCACGUGUUUAAAAGUGUAACUCACUGUAGCGCUGCUCGGGUUUCACUAAAGGGACGACCGGCUAACAACAAAACAUCUGGUUGAAGUGGAUAGAUCAUCCAAUCACAGCCAAAUCACAGAAGUGUUUGUAAAUAUUUAAUGUUGAAUCUAUCUAUCUAUCUAUCUAUCUAUCUAUUUAUCUAUCUAUCUAUCUAUCUAUCUAUCUAUCUAUCUAUUUAUCUAUCUAUCUAUCUAUCUAUCUAUCUAUCUAUGUAUCUAUCUAUCAUCACAUCAUGUAGAGUUGUGAAUUGUGUGGGUAAAUCUGUAAUAAUAAUAAAAUUCAUUUUAGUUAAA